UGGGAAUACUGGGGACCGAGUCUGUAUCUUGGUCAACUAAACCUCACCAAAUAGACUUUCUGAGAAAGAGAUCUUUAGGCUGAUGGACUAGGGCACCAGCCCAGGAGAAACUGAGGCAAGCCUCGCCUCCCAAGAGGGUCCUGGUAACGUGAGACCCAAGGGCGCCGCCUUGGCCGCUCCGGCCCCGCCUACUGUUCCUGGGUGCUAAUCCCCAGCACUCAGGAGAGGGGAUUGGCUGAGGAGCUUGGAGGGGGCGUCGCCACUACCGCGCCCAAGAGUUAAAUAGGAGCAGGGCAAGAUGCUCUGGAGGAGCGAGCUUUGGUGGGUUCCCGAGCCAGACCAUGACCCAGACCCUCAAAUUCGCAUCCAGAGUGUUCCAUCGCGUCCGCUGUCCUGAGCUGGGUGCCUCACUGGGCUCCAGAGGCUCCGACUCAGCGCCCCGGGUUUUGGCGGACCUCCCAGGCCCCUCCACGCCCGGCUUCCUUGCGGAGCUUUUCUGCAAAGGGGGGCUGUCACGGCUACACGAGCUGCAGGUGCGGGGCGCCUCGCGCUUCGGGCCGGUGUGGUCGGCCAGCUUCGGGCCGGUGCGCACCGUGUACCUGGCGGCCCCUACGCUCGUCGAGCAGCUGCUACGACAGGAGGGACCCCGGCCCGAACGCUGCAGCUUCUCACCCUGGGCGGAGCACCGUCGCCGCCGCCAGCGGGCCUGCGGGCUGCUGACCGCGGAAGGGGAAGAAUGGCAGAGGCUUCGCAGCCUCCUGGCCCCGCUGCUCCUCCGGCCUCAAGCGGCCGCCCGCUAUGCCGAAACCCUACACGGCGUGGUCCGUGACCUUGUGCGGAGACUGCGGCGCCAGCGGGGACUGGGCGCUGGGCCGCCCGCCCUGGUUCGAGACGUGGCGGGAGAGUUUUACAAGUUUGGACUGGAAGGCAUCGCGGCGGUGCUGCUGGGCUCCCGCCUCGGCUGCCUGGAGGCGGAGGUGCCCCCAGACACAGAGACCUUCAUCCGCGCCGUCGGCUCGGUGUUCGUGUCCACGCUAUUGACCAUGGCGAUGCCCAGCUGGCUGCGCCGCAUCGUGCCCGGACCCUGGGACCGCCUCUGCCGAGACUGGGACCAGAUGUUUGCAUUCGCCCAGCAGCACGUGGAGCAGCGAGAGGCUGAGGUGGCCCUGAGGAGCCAGCUUGGGAAGUCCGAGGAGGACACGGGACCUGGGGCACACCUGACCUACUUCUUGCUCCAGAAAGAGCUGCCCGCCGCGUCCAUCCUGGGCAAUGUGACGGAGCUGCUCCUCGCUGGGGUGGACACGGUGUCCAACACGCUCUCCUGGGCUCUGUAUGAACUCUCCCGGCACCCCGAAAUCCAGACAGCACUCCAUGCUGAGAUCACAGCUGCCUUGGGCCCCGGCUCCAGUACCCAACCCUCAGCCACUGCUCUGUCCCAGCUGCCCCUGCUGAAGGCAGUGGUCAAGGAAGUGCUGAGACUGUACCCUGUGGUACCUGGAAAUUCCCGUGUCCCAGACAAAGACAUCUGUGUGGGUGAAUAUAUCAUCCCAAAAAAUACGCUGGUCACUCUGUGUCACUAUGCCACUUCAAGGGACCCGGCCCAGUUCCCGGAACCAAAUUCUUUUCGUCCAGCUCGCUGGCUAGGGGAAGGUCCAGCUCCCCACCCAUUUGCAUCUCUCCCCUUUGGCUUUGGCAAGCGCAGCUGCAUGGGGAGACGCCUGGCAGAGCUUGAGCUGCAAAUGGCCUUGGCCCAGAUCUUGAUCCACUUUGAGGUGCAACCUGAGCCAGGUUCUGCCCCCGUCAGACCAAUGACCCGGACUGUCCUGGUACCUGAGAGAAGCAUCAACCUACAGUUUGUGGACAGAUAGUCUGGUGGAAACAGGCUGUCAUCAUCACCGUGUCUCUCAUCAUAGGGGUUUAUUAGGCAUGAGACCAAGAGAUGUAUAUUUCUCUGCAGUCUGUCUGGUUAGAGAGACCAUAGCCAAGUGCUUGAAGCAGCCCUGAUCGAGGUAGGAAGCAUGCACCUGGCCUGACCCAGCAAGCCUUGAGAAAACCAUGACCCAUUAGCCUGCUUAGCCCUUCUAGUCACAUGCAUCCUUCAAGGGCCGGCUUCAGUGUUAAUUCAUCAUGCUGGGUGGCCUGAGGAAGAAUUCGACCCCUGGCCUUUUGGGGCCUCACAGUGUUUACUGAUGCUGCCGGCUAAGCACUCACCACGGCCUGAGCUAAGUGUCUAUCUGGUCUGCCCCUGGCUGAUCCUCUCUCGUUGCCUGUGAGCUCUUUGAGAGGAAGAAUGAGGCCUUAUUCUGUCCUCAUACACCUUGCCGGGGGCCCAUCCCUGACUGGGUGACACCACGUGGACUCUCAGAUUCUAUCUGGAUGAGGUGGCAGAAGGGACAAGCAGCUUCCCGGGCUCUGCUUCUUCCUCAUCCUGCCCCUAGGAAGGUGAGUCUAUCCUCACCCGGGUGAUGAUUUUUUAAAAAAACUCUCCUUGGCUCUCUGGUCACUAUUAAGUUUGCUUGCCCCACCACUUAGAUCCCAGGCAGAGAUGUCUUUGGACCUAAGUCUUCC